GGUCCCGUUGCCCAUCGACCCGCCGCAAAAUUCUUUUUCCAACUCCCUCUUCCACACCCGCACGGGCAGCUGAUUUGAUCCUUUCAAACUCGAAACUUUUUCCCGUCUCAGGACCGAGGAUUAAAAAAGUCUGGGUUAAAAAAAAAAAAAGAGACACGUCGGCUAUUCAAGUUCUUCCUCCUCCGCUUCUGGGCAAACCCGGAACUCGUCGAUCUAUUUUCCAUCCCCAUUUUAUUGGAAUUCGUUGCUGGUAACGAAGCAAUAUAGAUUACUAAAUUACGCGACUCUAUCUUCCACCGUGUGCAUCAUUGUUAUUCUCAGCAGCGAAUAAAAAGGCAACAUCCUGUUUAUUACAGUCGCGUCAAUUUUCGCCCGAGUCCGUGUCUAGCACAAGUAGUACUGCAUUGUGAAGCAUCGCGUUGUUAUCCGUCUCGUAGACUCCAACACGUCUUAAGGGAAGACUGGUCACGAUGCCCGACAUAGAUCCCAUGCUCGAAGACCCAAAGCCCGAAGUUCGGGACGAAACUGUUGGCAUACAAGAAUAUCCAGUGCCCACAACAAAUGGUCAAGAUAGUACGGCAGUUUAUAACGAAUCAACUUCGGACCACCAACAUGCACAACCUGAAAACGGUGAUCCCUCGACUCCUCGCCAACAGGAUGUCCGUCCGUCUAUUACAAGUGCCGAAGAGUUGCAACUCGCUGCUCAGCUUAGCCAAGGUCUCAGCCAAGGCAUGUCCACAUUACCUCUCGAUCCUAACGAAGACCCGAACCUUCGAAAUGUAAUAGCUCAGCCCGAUGUUCACGACCCUCAACUUCAGCAGCAGGAUGGUCAAAUGCACCAUGACCAGAUACCGGAACAUGAGAACCACAUAGAGAACCACAUAGAGAAUCAUAUCCACGAGCAGCACAAUGAUCAAUUGACCCAUGGUGAUCACCCUAUGGACACCCACGAUCCUUCUAUUCCCCAUGGCGACCAGCCCUUACAAGACCAACAGCCCCAACAUGAAUAUCUACCGCAACAGCACCCACAGGAACACCACCAGAUACACUUAGCACCACAACAGCCUCACCCGCAUCAACAUCCCCCUCACAUACAACCCCAGAGCACGAUGGAGCAGUUAGCCCAGCACUACGCUGCUCAGGCCUCGGCUAUACCGGACGGCAUACCUCCAAGAAAACGGUCCAAAGUGUCUCGGGCUUGUGAUGAAUGCCGCAGAAAAAAGGUGAAGUGUGAUGCUGUUUCAGAAAAUGGUGACGAACCUUGUUCGAACUGCCGCCGUUCAGCAAUUCGUUGUCUUUUCAGCAGAAUCCCGCAGAAGCGUGGUCCUAGCAAAGGCUAUAUCAAGGAGCUAGCAGAUCGCAUACAUCACAUCGAAGGUAAAUUAGCGAGCGAAGGGGGCAAUGUGGAUAGCCUGAGUGAGCUUUUGAACGGUGCUAGAAGAGAUUCGGCUGAUAUCUUCGGCACACCUGGACAUUCGGAAGAGAAUAGUCGUAAAAGGCCGUAUUCAAAUAUGUCUGGCGGCGAAUUAGCAACGCCCAUGAUCUCACGACAGGGAACGUGGAGUUCAGAACCACGACCGAUCCAGCCUUACCAGACCCCCUCGGGGAAUUUCAGGGCACCCCCAUAUUCUGCUAACAGAUUGGCACCCCAACCUUUGCCCAAGCCUGAUGCAGGUACACCUUCCCGUCUAGGGGCUGUCAUAGACACAGUGCCACUUGAUCUCGACCACAAUGGUGCAACCCGUGAACUAGACGAGGGUGCGUUUAAUGGCUAUCUCAAUGUAGUUCAUUCGUGCUUUCCUUUGCUUGCAGCAAGUAAAGCUCGUGUUGAGAGCCAAUUAGCGCAGUGUCCACCUCUUCUCCGGGACGCCUUCGUUGAGGCACUUUAUGGUACUAUGCAGUCUUGUGUUUCGAUCCCUGGCCUGUAUACUAAUGUCGACAUUGGCUCUGGUACACGGAUGAUAACGGAGUGGGAAUCUGACCCGACUCCGCGUACGCCAGUCAUGAAUCUGAUUCAUCUUCAAACACUCAUACUGACGGUCCUUGCAACUGAUAACUACGGUCCCCCGUCACUGAAAGGUGAGCAUGGAGGCCCGUCCAAGGCUUCGGUUUUGGGACGCGCCGUAGGUCUAGCCUAUUCGAUGAGGCUUCAUCUUUUGGGUCUAGAGACAAGCGUUGAUGCUCCUCUAGAACCUGAUUCAGAUGAAAAUAUCGCAACUCGAGCUUGGUGGACAUUAGUCAUGUUGGACCGCUGGAAUGCUAUCGGGACCGCAAGUCCGUUGUUUAUACCGCACGAGAGUGUAGUUAUUCUGCCUAGUCUGCAGUCGGUUCUAGGCGAAAACGUGUAUCACUUAGCACGGUUGUCGAACAUUCUUGGCCACAUCGCACCAGUCGCUUUGGCUUCCCCCAAGGUACUGUCUCCUGAGUCAGGUGCAGCACCCAUCUUGAGUUCUUUCAUCAACCUUUCGAUGGAGCUCUUCCGGGAGAUUCUGCCUCAAGGCAUUACACCCUCUUCGCAUCCUGUAUUACAUAUGGUUUACUAUCAUUGUAGGUUACUUGCGUAUCUCUUUCAGACCAACGCAACAUCAUCCGAUAUCCUGUGGCCGUGCAAGGAGACGGUGGGCCUCUUACUUACCAAUACACAACUCCUGACGCCGUUGAACCAUCAUUUCUUCUGCCUCACGGCGCUAUCUCUCCUCGAGCUAGUCAAGGUCGAAGAAACUCACGACGAAGCCACAUCGCUCCUAAGGCAGCUUCUGGAUUCAAACCUUGCUCCGUCGACAUGGGAUGCGGUUAUACGUGACCGUAUAGCGGAGCAAAUUCGGCCUUCUACUGCCCAGGCCGCAGCAAACCAAAGCUUACAGCACCUUGCGGAUUUGGCUACGGCAACAGAAUCCGAAGCUCCUAAGCCGGAGAAGGGUUCGGAUUCCGCGUCUCUCAGGACAAGCGAUAAUUAUAAUAACGUUGGAUUUGACCCCCGGGUACUGACUCGAGGUGGCUACUUAAAUGUUUUGACUGAAACUCAGCCAUUUAUGAUGCGAUAGUAUAGCAUCUGUCCUAUUACGUCGCCCGGAACUAUAAGUCGAUACGUACCAAUAGGAGUAAGGUGGUUUCGCUCUCCGAGAUAUCCAAUGGCAAACCGCUUGACACAAUCUCCACUUCCCGAUACAUACCUAGGUAUGGGCUGUUUGCCAGAUGGUCCAUGUUUUUGGCAUUCAAGGAAUAGACGGCGAGCAAGGUCUACUGUUUCAAUAAGGAAAGUCGCCAUUCUUAAUUUAAAAGAAAGUCGAACAUUCCUCGUUUCUCAAACCUCGGUAUGGUGCUAUAAACUCGAUGCAAUCGGUGGUAUCGGCUCAGAGGUGGAGUUGCUUCAUCCAGCCUCAUAAAAAAAGGCCAGGCGGGUUACAUUAGUGAUUCAUAUUAAUGACAACCACGAUAAAUAUGUUA